AUGACUAAAUCUAUUACUACUUUAAAUCUUGCUUCUAAGUGCUUUGCUAGAAAGUACGAAAUGCUCCAAGUACCAGCAAAGAAAAAUGUUUAUAUGGCAAUCUCCUCUAAGAGAUAUACCUCAUACAGCAAGCCGAAACAAUCCUUCUAUGACAUGUACAACAAGCCUCAUAAAGCUGAUACAACAGGUGAAUAUGAUAUUCAAAAUAAUUCCAAUGUGAAUAAUAAUGGACGAGGCAAGGUGUUCCUUGGAGAAAUGGCAUACGUGAAUAAUGCUGCCGAUUCAGACUCGUAUUCCAUACCAGAUGCUCCGUUCACUCCAACUGUUGUUAGUGAUGAUGUUGUCAGUGGCUCUGGGCACAGAACCCUGAACUAA